AAAUUGAAUGGAGCAAACAAAAGUUUUAAGACCGAGUCUCCCUGAUCGUUGCGUGCGUAGCCGGACCCGGAUUAGUGCCCAAACAAGACCGGUGUUGCCGACAGGCGACGCGAUAUGGUUUUCGUUUCCUCGCCUUCCCUGUCACACCUUUCAUCGAACAUGUUGAAGGCAACAGUGGAAGAGGAAGGGGAUCGGCGCUGGGACGAGAUGCAGGCCGAUUGCCUCAUCAAUAUCUUCCGCCGACUCGCCCUCGGAGAUCUCGCCGUCGCCGUCCCCUUCGUCUGCAAGUCCUGGUACCGCGCCUCCCUCGACCCUAGCUGCUGGCGCCGCCUCAACUUCCGCUCCCUCGAUUUCACGCCCUGGAGUCCUUUCUCCCGCGCCUUUGCGCUCCGCUACCGCCUCCACUCCCCCCUCUCCUUCUCCGCCUUCCUCCGUUUCGCCCUCCACCGCUCCCGCGGCGUCGUCGACCAACUCGCCUUCCCCCUCUCCUCUGCCGUCUCCAUCCACGACCUCGCCUAUGCCUCUGUCAAAUGCCCGAGAUUGAAGGCGCUGGCUUUGCCGGACAACCUGAUGCUGGAGGACGACCUUCGCAUCCCGGAGCUGGUGCGGCGGUGGAAGGAUCUGGAGCAUCUGGAGAUGGAGACCAAGCCCUCCUCGUUCCUGGAGGCGGUCGCCGAGAUCGGCCGUAACUGCCCGCGGUUCGUCGGGUUGAAGGUGCGCGGGCUAAUCGGGCGCGAGGACGCCAAGGCCCUGGCGCGGUGCCUGCCGGAGCUGAAGCACCUGGAGUUGAGCAAGUCCUACUUGACCAAGGACGAGCUGUUGGUGGUCAUCGGUGGCUGCCGGAAGCUGGAAACGUUGACCGUAAAAGAUUGCCUCGGAUUCCAGGCGGACGACGAGAUUCUGAAGCUGGUGUCGCGCAUCGAGCGGUUCGAGCACGAGGGGUCGACGCUUCUCGAUGAUUACGGGUACGAGACCGAUGAGUCGGAGCAACAGACCGGAUUCUUCCACCGGUGACGGUCUCCUCUUCUCGUCCCUUUUUGCCCUCGCCUUUUUUUUCCCCACAAGUAAUAUAUUUUUAAAAAAUCGCAAAAUGUUUCAAAAAUGAACUGGCUUGCAAGAGGAUUGAACCGGAGGCGAACCGGAGGCGAUGAUUUCAAACGUUGGUGAACUACGCUCGUAACGCUGGGAAAAAAAGAAUUUUGUGGUGGUUGUGUUAUCGUGACGUCAGCGAUGAUCAAAUUUGACUUGAAUAAGAAAUUAAAUAAGGGAGGGGUUUGUUUAUGUGAUGAUCGGCUACUCUUAAAUUUUAUAAUAAUAAUUAUUAUUAAUGAUAAUUCAACUCCCCAACAUUAUGUAACUCAUGUGUGCGCGGGGCCCAGAGAUAAAAAAAUGAAAAUAAAAUUUAAAAGUCAAAAAAUGGAUCGAUUGGAUCACAUAGGAAGCGAGCGGAAAGAAAAGGGGUCAAAGGGAAGCAUCGGAUCUGCAGCCUGCUGCCUGCCUUUCGGCUUUGGAUGAGAUGGAGAGAUUGCCGGGGGAGUUGCUGCUUCGGAUCUUCCACCCCUUGGACCAUCGCUCGCUCGCCGCCGCUCGUCAAGGUUGGCCAUCCUUACUUAGUGUUUCUCCUUAACUCUUCCUUCUCCGGUGGACAUUGUGCCUUUUCGAAUUCUUCAUCUUCACUGAGUUUUCACGAAUUUUGCUUUCCGUUGCACGUCUUUGUCCUGCAGCUUAUCGAAUUCUUCAUUCGGUCUGAAAAGUUUUCUUCUUGUCGUGUUUUCUGCGGGUCGUCCAUCUCUUCACAGUUCACAUUUCACAUUUUCCCCUUUCGAAUUCUUCGUGUUGAUGGAAGAUUCUCAAAAUUUGCUUCCCUUUGCAUGUUUCCGUCCUUCCGCCGGCUAAAUUCUUCAUUCAUGUCGAUGAAGUUUGCUUCUUUUUGUAAUUUUCUGUCGCCAUUGACUUUUAUGAUUGUUGUGGUUGGUGAAUUAAUUCUUCACCUCGAUGAUUGUUUCUUCGACGUUUCGUUCCAUUUGCACCCUGUAGUUUUCUGCCACCGGAGAAGGAAUUAGCGACGUGUUUAUGAGUCAAAUAAACGAUUAGUCAAUUGCUAAACACAGACGCGUCUGUCUUUUAUUCGUAGAUCUCAUGGAUCUUCUAUCUUAUCACUGAACUUUAGAUGUCGAAGAAGGAAAAAAGUGACAAUUUGUACAAAUCGAUUUAUUAUUAUUUUAGAGAAAAAAGAACUGUUCGUUGCGUCGUGUGGAAAUACCAUGUUCGUCUCUAUGGCUAUGAGUACUGUCGUUUCCUGAGCUUGAAUCUAAAAUUUAUAGUAUUAGUCACCAGACAAACAUGAAGUUGUCUUGCUUCAUGCUUAAUCUGAACAUUAUGCAGGACGCGCCUGAUCUGCAUACACAUGUAGGCCUUUGAUUGCUCUGGCAUAACCUCACUUCAUGUCCUUAUAGUCCCUUCGACGGAUAAGGAUUUACAAUCAAUGACUAACUAAGCUUCCUUUCAUCAAGGAUUCUUUACGACUAGAAUUUGCAACAUUAAACCAGAAUUUUGUUGAUUUAAUUGCUUACUGAAGUCUUAAUUGACAACCACUUGUUGUGCAUCUCGUUGUUGUAACAUAGUUUGCAGGAAGUGGAAGGCCGUGGCAUCUGACGAUGCACUCUGGUCAAACCUAUUCAAGGAGAGAUGGGGAGGAGAUCGAGCGACAACAUCCUAUGCCCCGAAUGAUUCAAAAUCCUGGAAAGAUGCUUACAUUGUGCAAGACCGAUGCCACCGUUUUGGAGUUGGCACGAAGAUCAUCAGAGAAGGAAGUGAUUACUACCUCAUCCAUCAAGGGGAAAUUCGAAGGUUUCUAGGCACAAGUCAGCCAAUAGUUGGAGUUGAAGGCAGAGCAGCGCGUCGAGAUGAUGAAGAGCGUGCAUCAGCGAUCUCCGAUAGGAUUCUCUUCUUCCUUGGGGACCUUGAGACGGUCUGCACGGCUGCCAAGCGUGUGCGGAUGUAAAGAUUCUGGCCCAGGAGAAAGUGUACAAGUUGGAGGCUUUGAUUAUUCUGAAGAUUCGGGCAAUUGUAUUUUCCUAUCCUAUAUAAUUAUCAUAUUUGGGUCUUAGCUCAAUACAUCUCAAUAAAGUCACAUAUGGGGGCGCUA